GUCGAUCACAAGCAUCGACAAAUGUUGCAAAAUUAUAUAAAUUUGUAACCGAAUUUUUCAAUAUAUGGCAUGAUUUUGGUUAUUGAACUUCGGCUGGUAGUGUCUACUUUCUUCGAGAAUGAGUAGGAAUCUUCAUCGUGGCAUAAACAAGCUAACUUAACUUAACCACUACGAGCCCCCAAAAUGGGCCUCCAAGCUGAAAAAUAUUCCACGAUACUACGUUAAGCUUGCUCAGCGUGAUACUCCAAUACAUCAGUGGAAUCUUCCCAGUCUCCCAAAAGAGUUUUCAUUAUUUAUUAAAAGGGAUGACAUGACAGGAAGUACUCUGUCUGGAAAUAAGGUUCGUAAGCUGGAGUUUUUGUUGGCUGAUGCCCUGGACAAGAAGUGUGACACAAUAUUUACAUGUGGUGGAAUCCAGUCCAAUCAUUGCAGAAGCACUGCAGUUGCUGCAAGACAACUUGGUUUGGAUUGUUACCUGUUCUUAAGAAGUCCUGAACAGACCACAGAUAUUGGUUGUGAAGGAAACCUGUUUUUAAACAAAUUGGUUGGAAGUCAAAUUAUUGUUGUUCCUCAGCUUCAGUACAAAUCUGGCCUUAAACAAAUGAUGGAGAAAGUGUCUGAAAAAUUGAAAGAACAGGGCUCAUCAGCUUAUCUGAUUGAAGUUGGAGGCUCCUCUUACAUGGGGAUGUUUGGUUACUUAACAGCAUUUCAAGAAAUGAUAGAUCAGAAUGUGCUGAAGAAUUUUGAUGACAUUGUUGUUACAGUUGGCAGUGGUGGAAGUGCAUCAGGAAUAGCCAUUGGUAACUAUUUAACAGGAUCAAAACUCAAGUGUCAUGCAGUAAACGUGUGUGAUGAUGCAGCAUAUUUUUACCAGAAAAUCAAUGAAGACCUUCAAAUAGGUGGACUAGAUGUUCAAGCAGAAGAGUUAAUUGAUAUUAUUGAUGGAUACAAAGGACAGGGCUAUGGCAAAUCCACUCAAGAAGAGUUAG